AUGGGUUGCAUAUGCUCCAAGGGAAAAUCGAGUGAUGAAAAUGGGAGAGAAUUGAAGACUAAGAAUAAGAAAUCAUCAAAGCGUUUGGUUGUGAGUAAUAGGGAAAAUGAUGCAACUACACACCUCAUAUCAAAUACGUAUCAUCGCGAUUCCCCUGAUAUUACGAGGGAAGGAACAGGAUCAGAACAAGACAUUAAGAAGAUAAUCACAUGUUUGAGUGUCAAGACCAAUGGCCAAAGGACGUCCAUUGUUGUCCCAGGCUGGCCUUCUUGGCUCACUUCCGUUGCCGCUGAAGCCAUCGUCGGUUGGCUUCCUCGUAGAGCCGACUCUUUUCACAAAUUAGAUAAGAUUGGCCAAGGAACUUAUAGCAGUGUUUACCGAGCUCGUGAUCUCCAGACUAACAAAAUUGUUGCUUUGAAGAAGGUCAAAUUUACUAAUAUGGAUCCUGAAAGUGUUCGUUUUAUGGCCAGAGAAAUUAUUCUUUUGCGAAAGCUUGAUCAUCCCAAUGUCAUGAAACUUGAAGGGAUUAUUACUUCAAGCCUUUCUGCUAGCUUGUACCUUAUUUUCGAAUAUAUGGAACAUGAUCUUACUGGCCUCGCAACAUUGCCUCGCAACAAGUUUACCCAACCACAGAUCAAGUGUUAUAUGCAACAACUUCUUCGCGGUCUUGAGCAUUGUCACAGUCGCGGUGUUAUGCAUCGUGAUAUCAAGGGCUCCAAUCUUCUUCUUGACAAUGAUGGCAAUCUGAAGAUUGCUGAUUUUGGACUUGCAACUCUGUUUCAGCCAUCUCAAGAGCAGCCUUUAACAAGUCGUGUAGUAACCUUGUGGUACCGCCCACCUGAACUUUUGCUUGGAUCUACAAACUAUCACGUUUCUGUGGAUUUGUGGAGUGCCGGUUGUAUUCUUGCAGAAAUGUUAGCCGGAAAACCUAUAAUGCCUGGACGAACUGAGGUGGAGCAACUGCAUAAAAUCUUCAAACUUUGUGGAUCUCCUUCUGAAGAAUACUGGAAGAAGACAAAGCUACCACAUGCGACAAUUUUUAAACCUCAACAACCUUACAAACGUAUUCUUUCUGAGACAUUCAAGGAUUUUCCUUCAUCAGCACUGAGUCUCUUGGAGGUCCUACUUGCUAUUGAACCAAAAGAUCGAGGAACUGCAUCUUCAGCACUUGAGAAUGAGUUCUUCACAUCAAACCCACUUCCUUGUGAUCCAUCGACUUUGCCAAAGUACUCGCCGAGUAAGGAGUUUGAUGCCAAACUCCGUGAAGAGGAAGCUAGAAGACGACGGGCAGCAAAUAAAGGACAUGGCCAGGAAUUAGCUGGAAGGAGUUUUAAAGAGUCUAAGGUUGUACCAGCACCUGACGCUAAUGGUGAGCUUCAGGCAUCAAUAGAGAAGAGACGAGAGUGGUGUAAUUCAAAAUGCAUCAGUGAGAAGUACAAUCCUGAAGAGGAAGGAGGUGCAUAUGGAUCGUCAUGCAAUAUGAAUUUGAAAGAGGAAACUGUUCUUGCAGCCCCUGAUCGGGUCUUUACAUCAAAAAACUCUAAGCUGAGAAAACAAAAUUCCUGCUGGCAAGGUAGCACUGCACAGUUGUCAAGAUUUUCUAAUUCAGUUGCAGUUCGAGGUGAUUCACAGCUUGAUAUGAGUAGAGACUGUAAUUUGAAUUCACAGUGGCAAGAAGAUCACUUUGAUUUGAGAUAUAGUCAUUUAACUGAUGGUGAGUUCAAUCAAAUGCUGGAUGAAACCAAAGAUUUACGCAAGAAAGACUUCCAUCUAUUAGGAAAGGAUCGUGCCAUGGGUAAUGCUCCCAAAAAUGGGCACAUCAACUAUUCUGGGCCCCUACUGCAUCCAGAGGCUAAUUUUGAAGAGAUCCUGAAGGAGCAUGAAAGACAAAUCCAACAAGCUGUGCGCAAAGCUCGUUUGGUUAAGGACAAGAAUAAAAAGGCUGCCAGUGAGAUUGGGCAAUCUGAGACACUAGUUCACCAAAUGAGAUAUGGCAAGUCACAUAUCAAAGAGUUUUGA